AUGCAGGACGAGAAGGAGGAGAAGGAGUACGUGUUCGUGCUGACGCAGAAGCUGAGCGACUCGAGCGCCUGCCACGUCUCGCAGACGCUGGCGGCGUCCCCCACGGCGGGGGCGACGCCCACCACGUCGUCCUCGGACGGGAGCGCGACGUUUGGCGACUCGGGGGACUUCGACGCGGGCUCGGACGACUCGGUGGAAGAGGACGAGGCGCCCGUAGUCGCCAUGCCCUUCCUGCCGGCGCUGGACGCCUCCACGCAGAUCACGAUCCACGACGGCUACAGCGAGGCCAUCAUGGACGCGCAGCACGCGCUGGACUCGCGUCUGCUGGCGUACUCGCAGUACCAGCAAAUGGCUCGACCAAAGCAGGUGCUGCUCACCCCCAGGCGGCCCAAGACGGAGCGGUUCGUCGUGACAGCCAGGCCCGCCGUGGUGGACCGUCCCGUGACUGUGUGCAUGGGCUGGCAGCGCGUGUCUAACAUCGACUCUAGCAGCCGCGACCUGCUGCGCGUGCUGGAAGAGGACGGCGUGUCCUACGAGCCGCAUGACACGGCCUACAGCGUCAAGUACCUGGCGCCCGUGCUGCCGUUCGGCGACUGCCUCUUCUUGUCGAUGGAGCAGUUGCUUCUGUACACGGAAGAGUGCGAGCCUUUGUCCCCCGAAGAGAUCCGCGACGUGGCCACGAAGUUCUUCCUCGCGCACUACACCUCCAGCUCGCCUGAGGAGCAGCAGAAGAUUGACAAGGCCAUCCAGAACCUGUACUACCCUGCACUGAAGGGCGGCUGGGGCGUGAGUCCCGUCCAGACGCGACGGUUUGUGGCGCGUAGGAGUGACAAGAAGAUGCUGCUGGACAAGUGCGCGGAGCUCCAGAAGCGCGGCUACUCGUGGGGGAAAGCUGCGGAGGCCGUGUACACGGAGUUCGCCACGCCGAUCGUGGACGCACACUCGUACUGCGACUACAUGAGAGUCGGCCGGGGCGAAAACACGCACUUCCUCAUCGGGCUCAACUACAGUAGCCGCGGCCUCAUCUCGGUGGACAAUGACCCGGAUAACUCGCGUGUGGCAUGGGGAGAUGACUUCGUGCUGGAGGCGCUGGCGACCGCGUACCAGCGCGACAUCUUUGUCGUCCUGGUGGGGUGCGGUAAAAUGUUUUUCCUCCCGCACCGGCCGCGUGGUGAGGUUGGCUUGGAGCAGAGCACGAUUUGCCACUCGAAGGGCCACGCGCCGUGGUUCUUGCUCAUGCGACUAACCGGCAGUGACCGCGGCGGGGACCACUACGAGCCGAUGCUGUGCGAGCGACUGCGUGGCGACGGAUCCCCGGAGUUCGGCUCGAUUGGGGACUAAGUGAGCUGACAGUCGUGCGUGUCAGGCGCGCGCGAGGUCUUUCCUUUUUAAUUCGCUAUAUAAUUGCCGUGUACCUGCAACUCAGUGCCUUCGACUUGCAGGCUUGGCUUGCUGCCCAGUUUCAAUUGUGACUCAAGUUGAAGUAGCUAGACUUCGCGUGGCAAUCAGCAGUUUUAGAGCAACGUUCC